AUGUCAGCUGACGUCUCCUCAAGCAUUUGGUACAACAGCGACCGAGAUCAUCGCGAUUGGGUACGCGUUGCCGGGCGAUAGUACCCAUUGUACCCUGUCAAGGGGUUAAGACCAUCAUCACUGCGAAAAUCGUCCUUCUCCAGCAGCAGCAGCUGCAGCAUCAACAACGCUUGUCCCCCGCCGCCGCCAACGCCACAUCAGAUCCAAACAGCCGGCAGCAGCUGCAGCAGCGCCAUCAGCAAUCAGCUCCAAAGGCAUCAUACGCACCAGCACCAGCAUCAUCAUCAUCACCAGCACCAGCAGCACCAGCAGCAUCAGCAGCAGCAGCAGCACAGGCGCAGCAGCAGCUCCAGCCACGCGGACACAGGCAGCAGCAGCUUGGCCACGAAACCAGUUAUCAAUUUGCUUGGCAAUCGCCAGCAGGUCAACUACUUUGAGUUCCCACCGACCAGGUCGCUGCUGGCGAACCGCUUUCCCGGCACCGCCUCCACCCCGUCGCUCCACCACUGUAAUCCCAGCAGCCCAGCAGCAGCAGCUGCGCCAAGUUCCAGCUACAGUUCUGCGGUGGCCAAAGCGGCUGCCUCAACGGCUUGCGCACUUCUUGCCACGUGCCACGUGGCCAGCAACUCGCCCGCACACUCAUCCCACCACCACCAGCAGCAACAGGAGCCGCAGCAAACCACAGACAGAGACAGCAUGGGUCGACGCGAGAUUAAACGUUCCAAUACGAGUGGCUCCACCUCCCGAUCCUACGACAGCGGCAGCGCAACCACAAAUUUUGUUGGAAAAUUCACGCAGAGCGUGCGUCGAAUCGUCCAAGAUGUCAAAGAUGAGGGCGCACCCAGCGGCAUGACCCGUGAUGAGGUUAUCGAAACCAACGAACGCCUACGCUCAUUACGCCUGCGCCUCGAGGAGUCGUACGACACGGUAAAGAAAGCUUUGAUCAACCUCAUGAACAAGUACGGCGAUUCGAAGAGUCAUCGCAACAUAUUUCAGCGCUACCCUAUGCUCAAGCUAAUGAUAAAGGAAGUUAUACGCUUGGAGACGCAGUACUGGACGCUGGUGGACAUACCGCGACAGGAGAAGCAGGAAACGGUACCCUCAUACGUGAUGCGCGCCUGUUCAAUUAUGGAAAAGACCCAGAAGUCCGGCGAGGGCGUCAAGACCUCGGCCAGGCUGGCCGAGGAGGCCGCCGAGCGUCGGGAGCGCAUGGAGCGUCUAGAACACAUGACAACGGCGCAAAUUGAGCUGGAGAACACACAACUGAUUAAUGACUUGUAUCGUCUGCUGAAAAAGUAUCUGGGCUUGCGGCAUUUGAUACGCGUGCUUAAGGAAGAGUACGGCAGCUCAAAGAUGUAUCCGAUAUUUCCACGAUACACAAUGCUCAAGGACAUGAUAAAGGGCAUAAUGCACGACCCCGACUACAUGGAGGUAUGUCACGAAACGCUGGCCAACUCCAACUGAGCCGAGGCAUCCGGAAAUGGCAGGCGUCGCAUGAGUGUCAUCUAAAAGGGCCACCCAUAGGCAGGGACACACACACAAACAGGAUGUAAGUUGUGUAUGUGUGUAUCUGUGUGCCAAUUCCACAUGCGUCUUGCUGUCAUUCCGUAAAUGUUUAACAAUUUUAAAAGCCUUUCUUGCUAGUUCCGGACGAGCGAUGUUUUGACCUUUGAAUAGUUAGAUACAAAUCUUUAGAUAAUUUUAGCCAACAAGUAGGCAAAACCAACUACAAACUACACUACAAACCCCACCAUAAAUGUAACCUACUAACUAAUAACUACAACUAACUACGACUACAACUAAAAUUACAUGCUAUUUACAGACAGUUGAGUACGGAUAUAGUUUGGAAUUCUUGGUAGAAGGAAACCAACAAACAAAAGAAACGCAUUUAUUUUAAUGACUUUUUGAGAUAUGAAUAUAAACACACAAAAUCAACUAAACACGCGGAUAAUGUUUAAUUCAAAUAUCGAAUUAUAUGAUUUGCAUAAACUAAUCAAAGUUAACUUAAAAAAAAAACUAUCAACUCAUUUGUAAUGAGUGCAUUAAAUAAAUCAAAGAGAAUUCGCAGCUCAUAAAUAUUCCUUU